UGCACCCACUGUGAGAGCUUGUCUUCUAUUUAAUGGAGGGUCUCUCUGCCCAGGGGGAGUCAGAGCCAGCUCCAGGAUCAGCAGGAGGAUGGCGGAGAAUCUGGGGCUGGGCUUCGGGGAAACAGCCAGUGUGGAAAUGCUGCCCGAGGAAGGCAGCUGCACGCCCAAGGCCAGAGCCAGGCUGGCAGCCAGGAGCAGCGUGCACUGGGCUCUCACCUGCUGCCUGGUAUCGCUCCCCAUCCUGGCAGGACUCACCACCUACCUGCUCGUGGGCCAGCUCCGGGCCCAAGGAGAUGCCUGUGUGUUCCAGACUUCAAAAGGGCAAGAGUUUGGACCCUCACAUCAGCGAGCUUAUGCAAUUUCCGGAGCUGGUGGGGAUAAGCCAAGGGCACACCUGACAGUUGUCAGACAAAGUCCCACACAGCCCUUGAAAAAUCAGUUUCCGGCUCUGCAUUGGGAACAUGAACUUGGCUUGGCCUUUACCAAGAACCGGAUGAACUACACAAAUAAAUUCCUGGUGAUCCCAGAGUCGGGAGACUACUUUGUUUACUCCCAGGUCACGUUCCGAGGAACCACAUCUGAGUGUGGUGAAAUCCACCAAGCGAGCCGACUGAACAAGCCAGACUCCAUCAUCGUGGUCAUCACUAAGGUAACAGACAGCUACCCCGAGCCGACCCAGCUCCUAAUGGGGACCAAGUCCGUGUGUGAAGUAGGGAGCAACUGGUUCCAACCCAUCUACCUAGGGGCCAUGUUCUCCUUGCAGGAAGGGGACAAGCUGAUGGUGAACGUCAGUGACAUCUCUUUGGUGGAUUACACAAAAGAAGAUAAAACUUUCUUUGGAGCCUUCUUGCUGUAG